CGGGCGCUUCCGCGUUCGCGCCGGCCGGAGGCUGCAGGGGAGGGGACUUGGGCAAAGGAGCCCACGCUCGCCCACGUCCAGCCCAGCGGGCUCUGGAGUCUGCGGGUCUCGGCCGCCGCAGCCUGCCAGGGGACUCGAUGGCAUCGGAAGAUCUGGCGCGGGCGCUGGCGGCCGUGCUGGGGGGCCGGGGGCUGCACGUACAGAAUUGUGACUCGGGGCCGGUAGGCGAGCCGCCCGCGCCCGUGCGGCUGCGGAAGAACGUCUGCUACGUGGUGCUGGCCGUGUUCCUCAACGAGCAGGAUGAGGUGCUACUGAUCCAGGAGGCCAAGAGGGAGUGCCGGGGCUCAUGGUACCUUCCUGCGGGGAGAAUGGAGCCUGGGGAGACCAUCGUGGAGGCACUGCAGCGGGAGGUGAAGGAGGAGGCUGGCCUGCACUGUGAGCCUGUGACGCUGCUCUUGGUGGAGGAGCGGGGCCCCUCCUGGAUCCGCUUCGUGUUCCUUGCUCGCCCCACAGGCGGAAUUCUCAAGACUUCCAAGGAGGCAGAUGCUGAGUCUCUGCAGGCUGGCUGGUACCCACGGAUCUCCCUGCCCACUCCACUGCGGGCCCAUGACAUCCUGCACCUGGUAGAGCUGGCUGCCCGGUACCGCCAGCAAGCCAGGCAUCCUCUCAUUCUACCCCAAGAGCUUCCUUGCAGCCUGGUCUGCCAGCGGCUGGUGACCACCUUUACUAAUGUACAGACAGUGUGGGUGUUGGUGGGCACAGUGGGGAUGCCUCAUUUGCCCGUCACUGCCUGUGGCUUUACCCCCAUGGAGCAGAGGGGUGGCAUCAAGGUGGCUGUCCUGCGGCUGCUACAGGAGUGUCUGACCCUGCACAAUUUGGCAGUGGAGACCAAGGGGCUGCUCGGACUGCAGCACCUGGGCAAAGAACAAACAGAUGGCAUCUGCCUGAAUGUGCUGGUGACAGUGGCUUUUCGGAACCCAGGGAUCCAAGAUGAGCCCCCAAAGGUUCUGGGUGAGAACUAUUUUUGGUGGAAGGUGAUGGAGGGAGACCUACAAACCCAGCUCCUACAGAGGCUCCAGGAAUCUUCUGUUGUCCCAUUAAACAGAUAGAGAGGUGCCAGCCGUGGGCAGGAGCUGGGCAGUAGGGCGUCUCUACCAGACUUUGCCUCCCUCCCUCUGAGGCAGGCAGGAGGCUGGCAGUCUGACUGCACAGAGCCUAGGGGCCAUUUUCCUGAUUCCCAGGGGAACUUUGGGGAACUCUGUGGAACAGGUUGCACCAAAAGGGACAGUGCCUUUUAACCAAGCAAGAAGUCUAGAGCGCAAGCACCGAGUUGCCUUGAGGGUACACACAUGCUUUUCCCUAAGCGGAUGAGGAGCUCUCGGAUCUCCAGAUGGCAUCUCCUCACAUUUCUAUGCCCACCUUGGUAAAGGCCUGCAUGCUGAUUCUUCCGAGCACUUCCGACUUGGAGGAGGGUGUAGGGAGGCCUUUGAAGGAGGGCCCCUUGCUGAGUAAAUAGCUGUUGCUCACCUUGCCUUUCCUUGCCUAAAUGUCUCUGCGGGUGAAGUGAGGGAGACUGUUGUUCCCGAGAACUGCUGCUCCCCUGUCCCACCCACAGCCACUCAGCCCCCCCACCCCAGUGCACCAACAGAGUGGCGGGGGCUGGUACCUCCUGCUGUUCACGGUAACCACUCAGCCCACCGGGGCUCAGGCUUUUCUGUCCUGCUGGGCAGGAUGUGACUGGGAGGAACUCCUCCAGGAGUUGAGCAGUGGGGACUUCGGGAAGGUGCAGGUGGGACUGGAGCCAGAAAUGCCCCCCCUGCCUCUGCCUGAGCUUCCCAGGCUCUGCGCCCUACCCGCUCCCUCUCGCCUCUGCCUGCUUACAUUUUCAGCCUGAGCUGUGUUAAACCCUUUCUUCAAUUCCUCUCAGAUUCCUGCCAAAUCA